UCACGCGAAUGCCAUGGAUAAUGCACGCGGGAACGGAACAGAGCUUGCGGGGACUCCUUCCUCCGGUCCUCCCUCUCCAGCUCGUUCCGACGUUCCUCUCCGCCGUCAGCCGUGGCCAUGGCCACCGCCGCCGCCACUUUCGGGUUACUCCGUCCUCCCACGCGGACACCUGCAAUCUCACAGCUGUACAUUCUCCCACUUCCCACCCAACCCCACUCCAAAACGCACCCUCGUCCUCUCCCCCUCCCGCGCCGCCGCCGGGGCGGCCCCAUCGCCGCCUUCCCCAACGCCACAUCUUCGUCCACGAAUGCCUCUGCCUCGCCCACCUACGACGUCCGGGAGGCAGAGGCCGCCGUCGCGGAGCUCCUCCGUGAGGGCGGCGCCUCCCCGGCCGACGCCGCCGCCAUCGCCACGCGCGCGCCGGCCUACGCCGCUAUGCUCGCCGAUGGCGUCCGCGAGCUGGACGAGCUCGGCCUCUGGGCUUCGUGGAGCUCCGGUGCCGGGGCCCGGCUGAGCCUCAGCGGGGCCGUUGAGAUGGAGGUGGGGAGGCUCGGUUUCAGGAGGAAGGUGUACCUCAUGGGACGGAGCAGACGUGACCACGGCGUGGUGCCGCUCCUCGAGAGCUUGGGGGUGCGUCUCUCCUCGGCCAAGCUCAUCGCGCCUUACGUCGCGGCUGCAGGCCUCACUGUGCUGAUUGACAGGGUUAAGUUUUUGAAGGAAAUGUUAUUUUCAAGCAGUGAUUAUGCAAUACUAAUUGGAAGGAAUGCUAAGCGCAUGAUGAUACACUUAUCAAUACCUGCAGAUGAUGCACUCCAAAGUACUUUAUCUUUUUUUGAAAAAAUGGAGGCUAGGUAUGGUGGUAUUAGCAUGUUGGGACAUGGAGAUGUGUCAUUUCCUUACCUCAUUGAAUCAUUUCCAAUGCUUCUUCUCUGCUCAGAAGAUAACCAUCUCAAGCCAUUAGUUGAUUUUCUGGAGCACAUUGGAAUUCCAAAGACAAAGAUUGCAUCAGUCCUGCUGCUAUUUCCUCCUAUCAUUCUUUCUGAUGUUGAAAACGAUAUUAAGCCUAGGAUUCGUGAAUGGGAGAAGGCUGGCAUGGAACAAGACUAUAUUGGUAGGAUGUUGUUGAAGUAUCCAUGGAUUCUUUCAACAAGUGUGAUAGAGAACUACAGUCAAAUGCUGUUAUUUUUCAACCGAAAAAAGAUUUCUAGUACAGUCCUUGGUAUUGCUGUGAAAAGUUGGCCUCAUAUUCUUGGCUGCUCUUCAAAAAGAAUGAAUUCAGCUUUGGAGCUGUUUCAUGAUCUGGGCAUCAGUAAAAAAAUGGUGGUUCCAGUCAUUACAUCAAGUCCACAGUUAUUACUGAGAAAACCUGAUCAGUUUAUGCAGAAUGUUUUACUUUUCAGAGAAAUGGGUGUUGAUAAGAAAACAACAGGAAAGAUUUUGUGUCGUGCGCCUGAAAUAUUUGCUUCAAAUGUGGAUAGCACCCUCAAGAAGAAAAUCGACUUUCUUAUCAACUUUGGUGUUUCUAAACAUCAUCUUCCUCGCAUCAUUAGGAAGUAUCCAGAACUUUUAUUGUUGGACAUAAAUCGUACAUUGCUCCCCAGGAUGAACUACCUAUUGGAGGUGGGUUUGUCUAAGAAAGAUAUAUGCUCAAUGAUCUUUAGAUUUUCCCCACUUCUAGGUUACAGUAUUGAGCUUGUUAUGAAACCAAAGCUUGAGUUUCUGCUAAGAACCAUGAAGAAGCCACUUAAAGCAGUUGUAGAAUACCCAAGGUACUUCAGUUAUUCACUUGAGGGGAAGAUCAAACCGCGGUUUUGGGUACUGCAGAGUAGAAACAUAGACUGCACUCUGACAGAGAUGUUUGCAAAGAACGAUGAACUCUUUGCUGAAGAGUACUUGGGACUUGAUGGAUUGCUCGAGAAACCUCUACAAUCAAGCAUAGGCGGUUAAUUUCUGGACUUAUAAGAUCAAACCAUGCAGUGAGCUAUCGCAAAGCUGUGCAGCUUUAUGCUUGGAUUGAUGAGGCUGUGGGAGGCCACUUUUCCAGUGCUUAGUAUUAAGAAGGUUUAAGAAGAAAUUACAAAGAUGUGGUUUCCAACUAGGAACAGAGAGAAGGAUGCCCCACAACUUUGUGUGAAUGCAUGCAGGAUCCGAUGCAAGCUGUUGUAAGGCCCAGGAAGUAUACGUCAGGCAACCCAAGGUGUUACACUGACGCAUCCACAUCUCCAGAUAUACUACCACAGGUCUCCAGAAAAGCAGGACUAGGAGUGUUAAUCAUCAGCAAUCAAACAGGCAUUGUAUCGUCUGUUUACAUCAAAGCAUUGCUUAAGAACUCAACCUCGGUAUUAAUGGUUGAGGCUGCAGCUCUGGCACUGGGAGCUCAAUUGCUUCCCAAAAUUGAUGUCCAGCAACCGUCCUUUCUAUCUGACAACCAAAAACUUGUGAGCUUCUUCAGUGGGAAGGACCAUAGUAAUCCACCUCAAUGGGAGAUCAAACCUUUCACUCAAGGCUUCCAGCAACAACGCUAGGAUCUUCAAGAUAGAUAGGAUGCGUAAUAUUACAGCCCAUAUAUUAGCUAACAAGCUUUCAAUUCCUCUAGUGAAAGCUCUGAUGAAUUACUAGCAACAUGUACAAACCCUUUGCAUGUAAGAAGCCGUCCCUUUCUGACAGCUGCAAACUCUGUAUAGUGAUUCAAUCACCCUUGCAGCUGCAUCUUGCUGGGAGAGAGGCGUGCGAGUAGUUGGUUAGGUUUUGAGGUGAUAGAAUAAAGGUAGGUUUAAAACA